CACAGAUUUGGCUCAGUCCCAUAUUGCAAGUCAGCAAAGCAACUUUACCAGGCCAACUCCUGCACAUUUGUUUUCUCUGUACGCUAUUUGAAAAAUGGAAUUCCCAGUUAUUGUUGAUGCGCAGUACUGCUCGCCCUUGGAGGUGAAACUCACAAUUGCCAAGAAGGUCUUGGAAUACAACAAUGGAAACUUUGUCAUCACAGAUUCUGAGGGUCACACCCUUUUCAAGCUGGAUCAGAAGAAGGUCUUCCUACGAGAACUGACAGUUUUGCGCGAUGAUGGUGACUGCCCUGUGGUCAGCAUUCACAAAAAGAAAAUUUCUCUGCACGACACGUACCAAGUAUACAAAGGAGAGAGUUCCAAAGAACUUUUCACUGUUUGGGACAAGAACAUGAGGGACGCCGCAGAACUGACAUACGAGAUUCAACUCGAAGCUGAUUCAGAACCUACCUUCCAAGUGAAGGGUGAUUUCGUUCGUCGCAACUAUGAAAUCAUUUUCAGAAAAUCAUCGAUUGCUGCGGAGGUUGCGAAAAAGCAUUUCUCCCUCUCCUCUAUGAUUACGGGGAAGAGCAAUUAUGGAGUGCUUGUCAGUCCCAAUGUUGAUCAGGCAUUCAUCUCUGCCGUGGUUACGAUCAUGGAAGCUAUCCACAAUGAGAACAAGGAGAAACAUGGUGGCAAGCAUUCUGACAGCCAUUAGAAGAGUCCUUUCCACGUCACCUGUUAAAGUAGAGUACAGUUUUUCUUGGAAGUCUGCAUACCGGGUCCAGUAUGAUUAAACAAAAGUAAUUUUAGAGAGUGAUGUUUCUCUAGAUGCCAAUAGCAUAUUAAGGAGACCCGAUGGUCCUUCGUU